CAUCCAUCCACCUACCUCGACUCUGUAAAAUGUUUACCAUCGCACGAUCUGCAGCUGCAGCCGCUCCUCGGCGUGCUCUACUUUCUCGACCCUUCUCAAGCACCCCCUCUGCAGCAGACUAUGCCCGUAUGCAGCUCUUGGGACGCCUGAUUGCCGACCCCGAGACGAGGGCCACUCGCUCUGGAAAGGACUAUGUCAGGUACACACUUGCCACCAAUGAUCCCGUUGGACCUCCUGGAGAGGAUGGAGAGAGGCCGCCUGAGACGACGAGCUUCCACAACAUCUUUGCCUUUGGAGACGCGGCGGUGCAGAGGUUGCAGAAGCUGCAAAAGGGCACGCUCGUCGUUGUCGAUGCCGAGUUCAGGGUGCAGCGCAACCCAUCAGAGGAUGGAGGACCAGCUGGAAGCAGCUACCUUGUCCAACACAAGAGCUGCCACGUCGUCUCUCGUCCCAAGACCGAGUAGACGGAGUGCGAGUGGAACGUGGACUUUUCAUUCUGGUGCCGCAUGGGAAAUCUUUAGGGCUUGCCUUGUGGAUAGGAAAGGAAGAGGCAUGGAGUGCGGCAAGAAUCGCGAUGAGGAACGUGUUGGGUAAUGUGCUGGGAUCAAUUUACCGCACCACUUUGUGUAGCAUCAAUCUGGAUCAAGGGAAUUUUACACCUCUCUACCAUC